GUGCACAGCGUAAUUACAUUUCUUCAUAAUUAGGUUUUUUCACUGGAAAGUGGGCAGAAAUAUCAAAAUGAAAGACAAGGAGCAGAAAUAUCUGGUCUGAUGACAGCGAUGGGUUGGACUACAGCAUGACGUCAUGUGAUUAUCUCCAGCUCGAGCUUACACUUCUCCAUAUUCAGUCUGGUGUGAAGAGCGCGUGUGUGGAGAGCUGCGUGCGCCUCUCCGGAGCGCGCCUGACAGAACGCGCGCAGCGCAACUAUUCUGGGAUUCUUUUCGCGUCAAUUUGUUUAAACCAUUUAUGAGUAUUUCCGUGCACGAUGAACAGCUCUUACCUUUCAAGCACGAGAAGAUCGCGUCACCAGAGCGCACUGACAGCUCAAGUGUUUCAGUGCGUCGGUGACACAACCUAACGCGUGAAGUCUGGACUCUCAGAAAGAUGGACUCAGAAUGGAUGUAACUCAGUCCAAUGCAACGAAGGAGGAUGCCAACAUCACCAUCACCUCGUGGCCGUACACGGAGACGGCCGCCGCGUUUAUCAUCCUCGUGGUUUCCGUCAUCAUUCUGGUCACCAUUGUUGGGAACGUUCUGGUUAUCGUGGCGGUUCUGACCAGCCGCGCUCUCCGCGCGCCACAGAACCUCUUCCUCGUGUCGCUCGCGUGCGCGGACAUCCUCGUGGCCACGCUAGUGAUCCCGUUCUCCCUCGCCAACGAGAUCAUGGGAUACUGGUACUUCGGCAGCACCUGGUGCGCGUUUUACCUGGCUUUGGAUGUUCUGUUCUGCACGUCGUCCAUUGUGCAUCUGUGCGCCAUCAGUUUGGAUAGGUACUGGUCCGUCACCAAAGCGGUGAGCUACAACUUGAAACGAACCCCGAAGCGCAUUAAGAGCAUGAUCGCCGUGGUGUGGGUCAUUUCAGCCGUCAUCUCGUUUCCACCUCUCAUCAUGACCAAGCACAACGAGAAGGAGUGUUUAAUAAACGACGAGACCUGGUACAUUCUCUCCUCGUGCCUGGUGUCGUUUUUCGCACCCGGGUUCAUCAUGAUCACGGUGUACUGUAAAAUCUACCGCGUCGCCAAACAGCGCUCGUCCACGGUGUUCGUGGCCAAGAACGGCUUGGAGAGGCAGCCUUCCCAGUCCGAGACGUGCUUUGUGAGGAAGGAUAAGUUUGAGAAGGAGUCUCCGAGCAGCAACAGCUCGGAAAGCAACCAGAGACAGGAGGAGCUGGAUGAUAUCGACCUGGAGGAGAGCGCGACGUCCGACAACAAACCCAAGAGCUCACGCUUCUCCAAGCGCAGGCGAGUGGACGGUGCGCGCUGCUGCCCGCAGCGAACCUGCCGGAUCUCCUGGGUUUCCAAUCAGGAGCAGAGCAGCAAACAGCUCGCGGUGUCAUCGAAAACCAAAGUGGCUCAGAUGCGGGAGAAACGCUUCACCUUCGUCCUUGCUGUGGUCAUGGGGGUGUUUGUCCUCUGCUGGUUCCCUUUUUUCUUCACCUACAGUCUCCAUGCCAUCUGCGGGCAUAGCUGCGAGCCGCCCGAGGCGCUUUUCAAGCUCUUCUUUUGGAUUGGUUACUGCAACAGCUCAGUGAAUCCCAUCAUUUACACCAUUUUCAACAGGGACUUCAGAAAGGCUUUUAAGAAAAUCGUUUGCUUGACCGCGCAGCGCACCUGAGAGACUCGGAUUUGGACACUUUAGGCACGAUUAAACUGCAUGAAUGUCAUCAGAAAUCAAACCAAGUGGAAUCUGCGAACUGAUUACGGCUUUCAACCAUUAGGACUCGCAUUAUAACAUUUAUCAUGUCCAAAUUUAUUUUUGCUACUUUUCAAAUGCCUUUUAAUGUAUUUAAAAUAUACAUAUGUAAUAUGUUUACAUGAGUAUGUAAAAUACUACAUUUUAAUGACAUAAAACAAAAAACUUGCAUUUUUAAAAAUAUAAUGACCUAACAAAUAGUAAAAUAACCAGGAACCAUUUCCAGGUAUAUUUAUUAUUUACAUUUAUCAAUUUUCACACAGUAUCAGUGAGACAAAUUUACUCAAAAAUGUUUCAAAUCUCAUUUCCAACACAAAAUGCUGUGAUGCAUAUGUGAUGCAAGUGUGUUUGAAGGGAGUUUGUUAUCUAAGAGAACCACAAACAAGCUUAGCUGAAGAUAUAUUCAAAAGAAAUGGUGUAGGAUUUACUUUGAAGCUUUUUUUUUUUGCUCAGAAAAUUCCUACAACAAAAUGGCACGUAACACAUUGGCAUUAAUAUGAAAUGAUGAAGUGAAUGACUGGCCAGUGUUUUCUUGUAAAACAUAUUUCAAUAAUCUUUGUUUUACUAACUUAAAAAUAAUUUUUGCAGUGUGUCAACUUAAGUUUUUCCAUUGUUUUAUCAGUUAAAACCCAACAAUAUGUGCCAUCUGAUAUGAUUUUUUUUUUCCCUAAUCCAGGGACAUUCAGACAUUUUAAAAUGUAAAAUCUGACUCAAUAGUGUUCAAAUAAUUCUUGGUGCCUCUGAUGUACAUAUGGUUUGUAUAUAUUAAGUGAGGAAUAUUUGGCUUACAUGUCACCACAGUAUCUACACUUCCUGUAAAUACAUGUAAUGUAUAAAUGUAAACAAAAAUGACAUUAAAUAUUGUAUAUUGUACUGUAUAUUUUCCAUACAACUUCUGUAUCCUGUACAUACGCUGAGUAUAAACACCAAAUGGCUAAAUUUAUGAAUCCUCGUUCUGGGAAUAAUGCUGGUCCAGUGUUUUUUAAACAGUACUAUCUGAUAAUUAACUCGUCAUCAGUAAAAGGUGGAAAGAAUGUUACUUGUGGAACUGAUUUUGUUCUACAUAUGUAGUGAUUGUAUUCAAACCCCUUAUUUAGAAAACACAGUUGUUAAAGAGACCAGGGCUAGUUGUCACAAGGGCUAUCUGUGAUGCUUUGUGCCAAAAGGCCAAUCAUAUUUUGUAUAUUGAUUCUAAAAAUUGAUUCUGCCUUAAAUUAUACAUUUAAAUUGAACAAUAAAACUAGGUGUGAAGUGUGUUCUCAAGUCAAGGGGUGGAGGUCGGGGCAAGUUGUCACAGUCUCUUGUAUCUUAUCUUGCACAUUUGUUGCUUUUACAUGAAUUGUUUAAUGUUUACAUUAGACUGAAAAGCCUUAAUAAGCUGUUUAAUGGUUGAUGACUUACCCCGCAUAGUGUGACACCUUAGCAUAUUGUUGUAAAAGGUCAUCUUUUUUCCUUGGAAAUAAUGGUGCAAAUGUUCAACAGCUUUAGUACUCCACACUUUAAUGUUUGUGCCUGUAUAGAUGAAAUUCUACCCUAAAAACCAUAUUACAAUAUAUAGAAAUAUAACUAACUCUUCUAUCUGUGGGAAUAAGCAGCUUUUCAAGGGCUCGAGGGUCUCUGCGUCUGAUCCUCUGAAAAAAAGAUAAAUCACCUUUGCCAUAAUUCUAUUAAAAGUUCUUACUGACUAUAAGAAACCUAAAUGACUUGCUGGUAACACACACACACACACACAAACAGAAGGCUGGUUUCUAAUUCAAGAAUGAUAAAGUUAAAUUAAAACAUAUUAUCUGAUUCAUGCACACUGCAAUCCAUCAUAUUUUAUAUCUUAAUCUAAAGUCGGACAGAAUACUCCUGCAUUCAGGCAGGAGCGGCUGCAUAAGAGGUUUUAUCUUAAAAACGCUGUCGGAAAAGAGACGCAAUAUACCGCUUUCCCGAAUUCACCGUUAUCACGAUCUAGAGCUUUUCACAAACAAAACAGUAUGGUACAUGCUGUCUAGAAAAGGUUAAAGAAAAGUCAAAACUUCCUUUUGAAAAUAACAACAACACUCUGCUAUAAAUGCAGAUAUAUGUCAUACUUAUACCGUAUUAAUGCAAUGCACAGUCAUAUCAGCUCCAUCAAGCAGAAUGCAAUGCAUGGAUUAUGAACCAGGCCAGCAGGGUCUCGAACUGAGAGGUGUACAGCUGUCUGACACCCAAAUAUAAGAAACUGAAAGAGAAAAAUUGAUAUUGAUCAACAAACAGUGCUUGAAUGACUGCUGGCAGAGUGUAAACUCAAUAUCAUUCGUUCCACACAUAGUUUUACUGUUGUAUCGUCACUGUCACACUUCAAUGUAUUAAACAA